AUGACAGUGAAUGAUGAUGAAAAGUCUCAAAGAGAUGAAGAGGAUACUAUGGUGGAUGACUUUUCAAAUGAUAUUGAAUUGUUCUUUUCCUCCUUGCAAAACAAUGCUAAGAAUCAAGCUAAAUUUGACAUAGAUGAAAAAUCAGCAGCAUUAAUACAACGAGCAGCGAGGUUGGAAUUGGAGUCCAUUACUUUGAAAGAGUGCUUGGAAAAGGCAUCUACUGUGGUUAAAGCUGCGUCCAAAUAUGAUAUGACUCCAAUAACGUCAAAAGUAGAAGAGCUUCUGACAGAGGUUGCUACCAUCAAAGUUGACAAGAGCACGAUAAUCCAAAGGCUAUUGCCGCUGAUACUAGAAGAGCUUGUUAAAGUCGAGAAGUUAAUAGAAGCAAAACCCAAGUCUGAUAAUGUUGAGCAUAUGUUUAAACUAUUAAAUGCAACUAUAAGUACAGUUGAUUCAUUGCUGCAGCAAAAUGAUCAGCUUCUGCAGACACAACACCACCAGCUCAAGACUCAAAAUGAACUUGAAAACAGAUUAUUGAGUCUUGAGAAAAGUGUCCAGGAUAUCAAAUUAUUUUUGAAACUCUUGUUGUCAAGAGUAAUUGAUCUUGAAUCAGUGAUGUGCUGUCCGCGAGAAACAGCAACAUCAUCAUCAUCAUCAAUAGCAGCAGGAGAAGGAGCAGACAAGGGUGAAGUAAAGAAGAGAAAGCUAGCGUGA